UUAUAUAUUUAUUUUUUUCCUGCGCAAGUCUUACAUAAAAGCCUUUGUUGGUCGGAAAUCGGAUUCCUCCUCCUCUUGCAGGUGUCAGUCUUAAUUCUGUCCAGUAGGUGGGACUUUAUCCUCGUCAUCCGGAGCAUCGCGCCUUCAGCAGUACUUUCCUCCAGCUUGGGCACUGAGAGCGUCUCUAUGAUGGACUGUGGAACGGAAAGUCGAGGCGAGUUGUGGCAUUUGCUCUUGUUCUUUUGAUGAGGCGAUUAGAUUGCGAGCCCAACCUCAUAUGAUGUUCCCAGGCGCGCGCACUCUUAUGUAGCCAACGCAUUUAGAUAUUAAACACUCAUAUCUCCAUCAGCGAUCUUCAUCAUCACCAUCCUCAUCAGCCCUGGAAGACGUCGAGUCGUGUUUGACCCAAAAGUCAUGGAUAUAUGGUUGUGUUCAGCGGUUCCUGUGUUCACCUGGAGGCUUUUCUUUCUUUCAAGCAUCUUCCAGGGUUAUUGGAGCUCCAUGCUCGAUUGUCCACCAACAUGCAGCUGUUCGCCCAUUGAGAUCUAUUGCAAUAAGUCCGACAGUGGAAAUUUCUUCCCUUUACUUGCUCUACAAGAUCAGGCGGGCAAUGGCAGUAACAAUAAUGACAUUGAAGAGCUCUUCAGGAACAUCACGUCCAUACACAUAGAAAAUUGGACUGGAUUGCAGAUUCUUAAGGAUGUUGACAUGGAACUGUACACAGGACUCCAGAGACUGACAAUAAUGAACUGCAAUUUACGGACAAUCCAGGCACGUGCAUUUGCACAGAACCCUCAUCUCCGCUACAUACACAUAGAAAAUUGGACUGGAUUGCAGAUUCUUAAGGAUGUUGACAUGGAACUGUACACAGGACUCCAGAGACUGACAAUAAUGAACUGCAAUUUACGGACAAUCCAGGCACGUGCAUUUGCACAGAACCCUCAUCUCCGCUACAUAAACCUGUCCAGGAACCCUCUGACGACACUCUCUUGGCAGCUUUUUCAGCACCUUCAGCUGCUCGAACUGAGGCUGGAGGGAAUCGUCUUUGACUGCGGCUGUGAGAUUCGAUGGAUUCAGCUCUGGCAGCUGCGAGGUGAGGCCGGCCUGCACACCCAGCAACUCUACUGCAAGAACGGCGCAUCUAAGAUUCGCCUGAGAUCAAUGAGCAUUGCCCGCUGUGACCUGCCAGAUAUCAGCGUUGCUCACAGUAACCUCACUGUGUUGGAGGGCGAUAACGUGAUGCUCAGCUGUAACGGCUCUGGUUCUCCAUUACCUGAGGUGGACUGGACUGUGAACGGCCUUCACUCCAUCAACACGCACCAGUCGAAUGUCUACUGGCCCAACAUUCACUCCAUCAACCUGACGCUGGUCAACGUGAGCAGAGACGACAACGGAUUUGUUCUGACCUGCAUCUCUGAGAAUGUGGUUGGGAUGACCAAUGUGUCCCUUCAGCUGGCUGUGCUAUUAGAGUUGCUGGGUGUGCAGGCCGGCCUCACCUCGCAGCUGCCAGAGCUGAAUCCAUCGAAUCUCACAGCCGCAGUCAAAGACGAUUCCCUCCAGCCUCCUGCGUCAACAACACAGCUAACGGUAGUUACACAAUCCAAACUCAGAGCUAGGAGGCUGGAGGGAAUCGUCUUUGACUGCGGCUGUGAGAUUCGAUGGAUUCAGCUCUGGCAGCUGCGAGGUGAGGCCGGCCUGCACACCCAGCAACUCUACUGCAAGAACGGCGCAUCUAAGAUUCGCCUGAGAUCAAUGAGCAUUGCCCGCUGUGACCUGCCAGAUAUCAGCGUUGCUCACAGUAACCUCACUGUGUUGGAGGGCGAUAACGUGAUGCUCAGCUGUAACGGCUCUGGUUCUCCAUUACCUGAGGUGGACUGGACUGUGAACGGCCUUCACUCCAUCAACACGCACCAGUCGAAUGUCUACUGGCCCAACAUUCACUCCAUCAACCUGACGCUGGUCAACGUGAGCAGAGACGACAACGGAUUUGUUCUGACCUGCAUCUCUGAGAAUGUGGUUGGGAUGACCAAUGUGUCCCUUCAGCUGGCUGUGCUAUUUCCACCAGUAAUCCUGAAGCUGGACGAGCCGGAACGGCGCCAUCACACCUGCAUCGAGUUCACCGUGAGGGGCUAUCCCCAUCCCACACUGCGCUGGUUCCACAAGGAUCUUGAGAUCCAGCAGAGCGAAUACAUCCGCAUGGAGAUGGAGUACUACCAAGAUUACUUGGAAGGCUGCUUGACUUUUGAGAACCCAACGCAUUACGACAAUGGAUACUACACCCUAGUAGCCACUAACUCCCUUGGGUCAGUUACCAAAACUGUCCACGGCUAUUUCCUCGAGCCACCGUUCAGUGAGGAUGACGGAAUAAUUGAGUACACUCCAACAGCUGAAGAUGAGGCAAAGAGACCUGAAGAAGAUUCAUUCGGAAUGUCGAUUGCUGUUGGUCUGGCUGGCUUCGGCUGCGUCUUCCUCAUUGUGAUUUUCGUCCUCAUCAACAAAUACAGCCGACGUAACAAAUUUGGGAUAAAAGGUCCAGUGGCAGUCAUCAGCGGAGAGGAAGACUCUGCAAGCCCUCUUCAUCAUGUCAACCAUGGUAUCGUCACACCUUGCUCUCUAGAUGCGGGACCUGACGCAGUCGUAAUCGGCAUGAGUCGCAUUCCUGUCAUCGAGAACCCGCAGUACUUUCGACAUGGACACAAUUGCAACAAACCAACCACCUAUGUGCAGCAUAUUAAACGAAGGGACAUUGUUCUGAAGAGGGAGCUUGGCGAGGGAGCUUUUGGGAAGGUGUUUCUGGCUGAAUGUUACAACCUCAGCCCCACCAAAGAUAAGAUGCUGGUGGCUGUGAAGACUCUCAAAGAUCCAACCCUGACUGCCAGAAAAGACUUUCAACGGGAGGCUGAGCUUCUCACCAACCUGCAGCACGAACACAUUGUGAUGUUCUACGGCGUGUGUGUGGACGGCGACCCUCUCAUCAUGGUGUUCGAAUACAUGAAGCAUGGAGACCUCAAUAAGUUUCUGAGAGCCCAUGGUCCAGAUGCCAUGAUCCUCGUGGACGGCCAACCGAUGCAGUCGAACGGGGAACUUGGUCUCUCGCAGAUGCUUCAUAUCGGUUCACAGAUAGCGGCAGGCAUGAUCUACCUGGCCUCGCAGCAUUUUGUGCACCGCGACCUGGCCACUCGCAACUGCCUCGUGGGUAACGGCCUGCUUGUGAAAAUUGGAGACUUCGGGAUGUCCAGAGACAUAUACAGCUCUGAUUACUACCGAGUGGGAGGUCACACCAUGCUGCCCAUUCGCUGGAUGCCUCCGGAGAGCAUCAUGUACAGGAAGUUCUCCACAGAGAGUGAUGUGUGGAGCUUUGGAGUCAUUAUGUGGGAGGUCUUCACCUAUGGGAAACAGCCAUGGUUUCAGUUAUCCAAUAAUGAGGUCAUUGAAUGCAUUACUCAAGGUCGGGUUCUAGACAGGCCUCGCCUGUGUCCUAAGGAGGUGUACGACCUCAUGUUAGGCUGCUGGCAAAGAGAGCCGCAACAACGACUAAACAUCAAAGACAUUCAGAAAGUCCUUUACGCUCUGGGAAAAGCCACACCUGUCUACUUGGACAUCCUUGGCUGAGACUGGUGCAACGCCUCUCACUAGAAUCGAACACAAUCCAGGAAUAACCAAACAAGCCCUUUUCCUGCGUCGGCGCUCCACUGUAAAAACACCAACACGUCGGAGAUGGACUUUAAGUGCCUGCAACACUUUUUUCAAUACACUGGGUAUACAUAAAAAAGUAAAAAAUAUUUAAAAACAAACUUUUACAUUUUGUUUACUGGUACAGUAUAUAUAGUGUACAGAAUUAUUCUACAAAGACAGAAAAACGUUUCCUAAAAAGUGGUGGCGAAAGCAGAAUGUUGCCUUUGAUUGGCGACACUGUGUUUGAGAAAUGAUUUUCAGUGUUUCAUUUUAUAGGCAUAUAUACACACAUAUAUGAAUAUAUUUUUAUUUAUUUUGUUUCAUUUCGAAGGUAAAGUCUGGGUGCCUGUCAUGUUUAGUGCUGUUGAUAUAUUAUCUUUUCAAGACGGCUGCUCUUUGGUUGUGCUCUGCUUUAACAGCUGGGAUAUUGUGAGGAAAGCCUUAUUAUGUUUUGAUUAUUUUCCCACUGCUGCAGUCAGCAUCUUUCUCCUUUAUUUUUCUCUUCCUGCAACUUUGAUUUGAUGAUCUACGUAUAGCUCUUAAGCGGGCGACUUGGAAACUUUAGAACACUAAAGCGUUGAUAUAUUUUCAUCGUAUGUGAUUGUAUAUACUGUACAUUUAUAUUCUUGUCAACCUGUUAACUUAUUUUAAUGUGUUUUGAUUUCUUUUUUUUUGACACGGGGGUUAUUUUGUGACUCACUCUUCGGAAAGGGUCAGCCAGGAGAGAACAUAAAUAUCACACAGUAUCUUUAGAUGAGCACUUGGCGGCUCAUUAUUAAUACAGGGUCGAGGACCAGCUGCCGUACUUUUACUGAUCACCAAAACUGAAUGUGGUAAAACAAGAACUAAACUGCAGGUUCGAUAUCACUGAGAUCCUAAUGACACCUGUUUGAAUUAAUGUUUCGCAAUCUUCAUAGCAUUUGAUACAGUAAAUGCCAUCGCAUCUAGAGUUAACGAUUUCAUGUUGUUGUCUGUAGCUAAACAUGUUAUUCCAGGGGCUGUUUCUCUGAGAUGUUUGUCGAUACGACACCAAAUCUUGCUGACAGCAGGAUUUCGAUGUCAACGGAUUCUCUUGCCUCUUUGCAGUACCACAGAUAUUUGCAAACGACAUAUUCAAAUGUAUGUUUAGAUUAAGUAUUAAAUAAAUAUCAGAACCUUG